CGAUGUCACUCCUCAAUGCAGCCCGAGCUCGUCGUUCGUGCUCAAAACACAAGUCGGGAACGGAACGAGGGAAACAGGUGUUUCUCUCCUUUUCGCAAACGAUAUACUAUGGAGUCGAACAGCGGGAAAGGGACGGUCAGCUUCAAGCAGCGAAAGGGUUAUUUCGUACCACAAUGGGCCCUUUUAGCGGCUUGUGCCGUGGCUGCACUUUGCGUCCUGGUGGUGGGCCUUCUUGUAGGAUACUUAGCCCCCUGCGGUCCGAGGGCUGGGGACGCAGACAGUCAGAAGGACGAGACCCCAAAGACACUUCCUUAUGUCCGGCUCCCGCGUAGCAUAGUGCCGGAGCACUAUGACAUAGAACUACAACCCUACAUCUAUCCGGGAAACUUCACUUUCGACGGUAAAGUUAGGAUCAUUAUUAAAGUGUUAGAAGCCACAGACAAUGUAACUCUGCACGUGAACAAUGUGACGGUGAUGGAAUCAAGCGUCCAGUUGACUGGCCAAGACGCACCCUCCAUCGCUUUCAAAUCUGAAGACAAAGAACGGCAAUUCUAUAUCCUGCACCUGAAGGGUAGCCUGACUCCCGGGCAGAAGUAUGAAGUGGCAAUGGACUAUGUAGGAUGCCUCAAUGAUCAACUGGCCGGAUUCUACAGAAGCUCCUACAAAGAAAAUGAUGGAGAGACGAGAUGGUUGGCCACUACCCAGUUCCAGCCGACAGAUGCUCGGAGAGCCUUUCCCUGCUUCGACGAACCUGCUCUCAAAGCCACCUUCAAUAUCACCCUGGUACGUCCUGACAACAUGACCAGUCUCUCCAACAUGCCUCUUCUGUCCUCAGAACCCAGGGGUGAAGGCUGGGUAGUCGACCGAUUCCAGAAAACAGUGCGGAUGUCUACCUACCUGUUGGCAUUCAUCGUCUGCGACUUUGGAAAGAGAGGAACGGAUCAGUUUGCUGUGUGGAGCCGGAAAUCUGUGAUUGACACUACCGCCUACGCCUUGCAAGUGGGUCCAAAGAUUCUCAGCUUCUAUGAAACGUUUUUCAAGGUUAAGUACCCCUUGCCUAAAACAGAUAUGGUGGCAAUUCCUGACUUCAGCGCUGGCGCCAUGGAGAACUGGGGUCUGAUCACCUAUAGAGAGACGGCUUUAUUAUACGACACUCGGUAUUCCUCCGCCAGCAACAUGCAGCGUGUGGCUACUGUCAUUUCCCACGAAAUCGCUCAUCAGUGGUUCGGAAACUUGGUUACGCCUCGUUGGUGGGACGAUCUAUGGUUGAACGAGGGAUUCGCCAGCUACGUGGAAUACCUAGGAGUGAAUGCUGUGCACCCCGAGUGGAAAAUGGACGAGCAGUUUGUCCUGGAUGAUCUGCAGGAUGUCCUUGAGUUGGAUUGCCUGCGCACUUCUCAUCCUAUCUCGCUGCCCGUCAGGCACCCUGACGAGAUCAACGAGAUAUUUGAUAGGAUCUCCUAUGGAAAGGGUGCUUCCAUCAUUCGGAUGAUGAAGUACUUUUUGGGUGAUGACAACUUCAAAAAUGGAUUGAUGAACUAUCUAAAUGCCAAAAAAUUCGACAACGCAGUGCAAGACGACCUUUGGGAACAUUUGACUGCUAUUCAGAAGAACGGUGCAGAUCGCAUCGAUGUAAAGAAAGUGAUGGAUUCCUGGACAUUACAGACUGGAUACCCUGUGGUCAGUGUUAUCCGAGACUAUUCAGCAGGCACAGCUACCGUCCAGCAAGUCCGGUUCCUGCUCGAAAAGGGUGGUGCCAUGGACACAAGCGCUUGGGAGAUUCCCUUUACUUAUACCGAUGGUCUGAAUCCUGAUUGGACUCCAAACACAAAGAUGUGGCUUCACAAAACCAAUGGCAGUCUUAGUGGCCUUCCUGGUAAAAAUCACUGGGUCGUGGCCAACAUUCAGGAGGUUGGCUAUUACAGAGUGAACUACGAUGAGCAUAACUGGAAAUUACUUAUUGAACAAUUCCAGGAUGAUCACAAGAAAAUCCAUACUGUAAAUCGAGCUCAGAUCAUAGAUGAUUCGUUAGAUUUAGCGAGAGCCGGUCAACUGAAUUACCAUAUUGCUCUGAACACUACACUUUAUCUGAAAAAAGAGGAUGCUUACCUGCCUUGGAAAGCAGCUCUUCACGGAUUCUCAUUCAUAGAUUCCAUGAUUUGUAGAAGCGCCAUCUAUGGGAAAUGGAAGACGUAUCUUAUCGAACAACUGAAGCGCACUUACGAACUUCUCGGCUGGGAGGAGAGCCCGGAUGAGAACAUCCUCACUCAAUACAAGCGUGUGAGCACACUAGCAUGGCUAUGCGGUUACGGCUAUAAAGAGUGUGUCCAGAAGGCCCAGGAGAAGUUCAAUCAAUGGAAACAGGAGCCUGAAAAUGUCAACAUAGUGCCUCCCAACUUGCGCAGCGUGGUGUACUGCACUGCCGUCAACCAUGGCGGACAGGAAGUGUGGGACUUCCUGUGGGAACGCUACAAAACAGCUCAAGUGGCAUCCGAGAAGGACAAGUUCAUGUAUGCUCUGGCAUGCGCCAGAGAGCCAUGGCUGCUCUCCAGGUACUUGAACUGGAGUUUGACAUCCGAUUCCGGCAUCCGUCGUCAAGACGGGAGCUACGUAUUCCGUUCUGUUGGCGCAAAACUGUAUGGCCGAGAUCUCACUUUUAAUUAUAUUCGGGACAAGUGGGACGUUAUCUUCAAGAGGUACGGAAAGUCCUUCUUCGCCAUCAGUGGUUUACUUAAAUCGGUCACCUCAUCACUUAAUACAGAAUUUGAAUUAUCUCAGCUGAAGCAAUUUUACGAGAAACACAAGAAUAAUUUGGGUACAGCUAAGAGAGCCUUCGAGCAGACCAUCGAGAACGCUGAAGCGAAUGUCCGGUGGAUGGACACCAACUACGCACACAUCGUCCAAUGGCUCGAGAACACUAGCACCAAGUGACCUUCAUAAUCAUCCACUGACUGACAGAAAACCUGGGAAUAUCUUAGCCGAAACUGCAGAUCUCAUUUCAUCAAAUUGCGCUUAUGUGGCUAAAAACGAAUGGUCACCUUACAAUUUAAGAGAUCAAGUGGCGAUUCAUUUUCGGCCAUCUGUGAUUCGCACCACACUUUCGUUGUCAAUUCUCAAUGAAAAUAUCAGAAAGGCGCUGGUAAUUCUCUUCAGUACAAAUUGUGUAAAUCUUAUAUCAUUUCACAAAUCAUAUUACCUCGCGUUGUUGAUGUUAUAUUUCUAUAUAUAUAUAGAUAUAUGUAUAUCGAUGCCAAUUCAGUUCUGCGUAUGCCGUAUAACAUUUAAAUAUAUGUUGACUUAUACCAUGCUACGAUAUAGGCAAUGGUUUACUAAAAUUAAACUGACACAAUUGAACAAAUAUUGACUUCAUGGAACAAAAAAAAAAAUUACUACCAAAAUUAGAUGAAAAGAAGUCAUAGUAUAUAAAAUCUUUUCAAUAAUCAUUAAAUUAUCAUUUUUUUACCAUGAAUCGCCUCUUUAGUGGGUUUUCAAAGGAUAAAAAACCGCAACGAUUUCCGAAAUGAUUAGCUGAACUAUGAUUUUGAAACAAAUGUUGUCACAAUUCACUGAAUUUUUUUUUUGAAGCAUGUUAAAAUUAUGCUAUCAUUGAAAACGCGAGUUCGCAAAUUGUAUAGACUAAGUCUAUGGUAAAGGAUACCGACGUGCUCUGAUUUAUCUUGGCAUCCUUUUGGUAAUGUUUUGCACUCAUAAUAGUCUAGUUUUCACUUAUUUGGUUCAAACCUUGUACCUUUCAUUAGUUUUAUGGAAGAUACGAGUGAAUAUCAACACGGUCUAAUUUUUAUUAAUAUAAUUGUUUUCUCUAAAUAUUAGUAGUAAUACUACUAAUACUAAUUAAUAAUAAUAAUAAUAAAUAUUACUAAUGAUACUAGUAAUACAAGUAACUAAUGUUGUUUAUGCACAGAAGUAUAAAAACUAUAUGAAAGUAAUUACUAAACAUAUGAUGCAGCAAUUAAAUAAUUCUUAUUUUUCUAUGAUUUUCGUGCCUUUAUUAGAUAAUUUAUGCAGUCAUUGAAAAUUGUUACUGAGCAUUUGUUACUUUCCCAUCAACUACAUAUGGGGAGAUGAUUACUUAAUGCCCAAAACGUAUAAAUAUGUAAGCUUUAACGGAAUAUGUGAUUUCGUAGCUAAUUUUUUUUAGUUAUAUCAAAAUAAUAUUAAGAAGAAACACACAAGAAAAUUAUUUUCAAUAAAUUGUAAUUUUUAUAUUUCCUGAAUUUAGGUUUCAGGAUUUGAUCUUUUCCGCUGUAUAUGUGUUCUAGAUUAAUAUUACAUGUAAACCGUAAAAAAUAGGGGGGGGGAUAAAUCCACAAAUUUUAUUUAUUUUUGUAAAAAUAUAUUUCGGUAUGGCAUCUUUUUGGCAAAAGGAUUCCCAAGGCUUAAACCAAUCAGAGCACGUCGGUAUCCUUUGCCAUAGACUUAGUCUGUACAAUUUGCGAACUCGCAUUGAAAACUGUGUAUUUUGCAUUGGAUUAAAAUAUUAUGCAUGGCAGAUGAUGUGAAAUAGUGCGAGAGUAUAUAAAUAUUUGCUAAUUUUAUAUUUUUUAAUAUUAUUAUGAUAAAUGCUUAUCUAACUAACGAUUACAUCAAGUAUAGCUGUAGCAUUUGAAUAGAAGAUAUGCAUUCAAUUAUACAAAUGUACGAAUGCACAUCUAUGGAGUAGACGAUUGAAAAUUACUGUGAAUCAUCCAUUUUAAUGUAAAAAAAAGUUAUAUAAAAGAAAUUCUCAUUUUCAAUUACAAAUUUAAAAUCCAUGAAAGCAAUACUUGAAAUUUUAGAAAAUCCGAAAACUGGCUGAUUAGCUCUUAGCUUAUUUUGAUACCUACAACUAUGAUUCCAUUAUAAAUAAUACCAUUCUAAAACUAGUUCAUCCGUUUUCUUUUAAUAUUAUUUACCAUUUACUAUCUUUAAAAAAUUAAACUAGUGAAUUUUUUGAGCUUUACUAAAAAAAACUUAUCUCUUUCAAACAAUAUUAAAUGCAUACUAGAGAACAUUUUAAGAAAAAUCAUGCAAAGAGUUAAGCUAAAAAGUUUUGAAAACUUUUCAAAAUACAUAUUACUAGAAGUAUUAUUACAACUUUAGAAAAGAAGUCUGUUUUUAUGUAAUGUAUUCAUUGUGUAUAGAUGUUCAUUGUAUGUUUUAUCUUACAUGAAUUUAUCAAAAUGGUGAAUAAAACAAAUAAUAAUAGGUUGUUAUUUUUUGGAGAAAAAUAUACGAUUUGUAAAAUACUAUAACCUAAAAAUUCAUAUUUGUUACUAUACUUUCGAUCUCAUAGUUGCAAAUCAAAUCAAUUUCAUUAUUCUUAUUAAAUAUUUCAAGUUAUUAAAACUUAAAAUUUGAUAGUUUUUGGACAGUUCGUGGCCUUUUAAUAAAAAUAUCUGCCAGUAAUAUUUCGAGGAAUCGUAGUAUAAAUAAAUACAAAAGACUGAAGAUGCUUAUUUUAUUUAUCUAUGAAAAACUUAGGAACCAUUUCUUUCCUUUUUAAAAUUAUGUAAUGUAGCAUUUCUACAAAGCAAAAUACAUAAAACGAGCAAAAGGAAUCUCUCCAGUGUUUUCAUUUUUACGCAUCUUUUUUUUUUUUAAUUCUGAUUUUUUAUCUUUAACAUAAUAUGAAAAUUUACAAAAACCGAUAUACUACUCAACAUAUUAUAAUUAUUUUAUGUCAUUUUCAUGCAAAAUAAAAUCGCGAGAGAGCUUACACGAACUUGCAACGGCCAUAACGUAUAAAUUUCAUAAUGAGAAGAAUUUUUAUUUUAAAUCCCUUAGCAUACAUGACCGCUAUUUUAUUCUACUUUUAAACUUGAAGACUGAAACAAAAUCCUUCAUAAGAUCCAUAAUUCUAUCUUAAAAUGACGAAAAAUCUACAAACAUCUCAAGCAUUGGAUGGACCAUGCAAUCAAUAAAUAAUGCAUUUCUAAAGUGGAAGGUUACGCGCAAUAAGUAUAGAAAAGCAAAUAAAACAGCUAAAAGAUUAAUUUAUAGCUGAAGUUUUCAUAACAUAACGAAUCUUUCGACCCUCCCCCCCCCAAAAAAAAAGGGAGAGAGAGAGGGAGUUGGGCAAUGAUUUAAAGAUAAGGCUUCGAAACUCCCCCACCCACAAAAAAAACUCCUUGCCCAAGUAAACCGAAAAACUCUACUAAAAAUCCAUCAUGUACGUGAACUCGUGCAUAGGCCAGCCGCCAUGCCGAAAGUUAAGAGGUCCUCAUACCAAUUUGAUGCAGAAGUUUGGAGAAAAGGAUAUCAGUCCAGAUUUUGUCCUCGUUAUCUGACCGCGUUUUAAAUCAUUUAUCCCAACAUAACUCUUAUGUUACUUCUAAAUGAGAUAUUAAUAUAUUCGAAACACUGGAUAUAAGCGAGUCAGAAUUAAUUAGUUGAAUUAUGAAAUUUAUUGUUCAAAACCAAUUAAUAAAUUAUAUAUAUUGCUUUCACUGUAUACAUUUAAAUUUAAUUCAAUAUUGUAUGUAUCCAGAUUUCCAUUUCAACAUUUUUAGACUAGCAUUAUAUAAAUAUUUUUUAAUAAAAAUAUAAAUCAUUUGACAUUUUUAUCUCUAAAUUGCAGAGCAUUAGCUAAUUUUCUACUUAAUACAUAUGACUUAUUUUACAAUAUGAACAUAUAAUUAUAUGAAUGCUUUCAAUGAAAGGCCAACACAUAAAUUCAAUUUUUUUCUCUUUAAUUAUAUAUGGAAUCUUCAGUAACAUAAAACAUAUUCAGAACAUCUGCAUGAGAAAUACACAUUUAAUUAGAUAACAUAAUUCAUGGGAAGGCAUUUCGAAUAAUUUCCUGACUGAAGUUUGUUAUUUACAAUAUGUUUGAUAUAUAUGUUCUGUAAUAUGCAUUUUGAAACUCCAUGUGUUACAGAGAAAGCUAAUAUUUUGGGAAAUCUUUUAGCAGAAAAAUUAAAACAUGCGGGUUUGAUUAUGGCCGCGUAUAUCAAAUUGCAAUCGAAGUGGAUGAGUUUUACAUUCCAUUGUACACGAAAGAAAUCGGGCAAUUCUGGAUGUAUGAAACAUACUUUUCCUGUAUUUACACUUUUUAUUGAAAAUAAAAUACAGUUUAUUGUAGACGUUA